AUAUUAUCUAUCAUCACUUCGAUUUUGCAAUAUGCUCACAAGUUUGCAAAGUUGAGAACCAUGGGCUCAAACGCUUCGAAAAGCCGGACCAAAAAGAAUGCAACCAACCUGGAGAAGCCACGAGAGAUUUGGUGAUGGUUCCAGAAGGCAGCAGCUUAUCUGACGCUUUACUCAUUCUCUUGAAACAGUCCAAAGGGCAUGAGUUGAUGAUGUGGUUAGCAACUCGGAUUAUCGUAUCACGGGAUAUAAAUAGAUGGAUGGAAGACAUCGAAAACAUCAUCAAACGCGAUGUGAGUUUGGGCUCUAUGAUACGGACUUUCCUGGACAUCAUCGUGCAAAUGAGCGGCGAUAAAGACGAGGACUAUCGGUAUUCUGCCAUUAUGAAUGCUUUACAGCGCCGGAUCGCAUUAUGGAUAUACAGGAGCCUAAACCAAUCAAAUAACGAGAUCAGACUGCUUAGAAUUCAUCCAGUCUCACAACAGCCCUCGAAUGUCAAGGACACCAAGGUUGUCUCAUGUUCUCUGGAAGUUCGGUCACUCGACGAUGCCAGCCUCGAGUUUGACGCCCUUUCCUAUGUAUGGGGAGACGCAAUGCAAGCUAUGCCAAUAUUCAUUGACAACAAAGUCCUCCUGGUAUCACGAAACCUGUACGAGGCAUUGGAAUCUUUCAGGGAUAACGGGAAGAUACCUGGCCUGCUAUGGGUCGAUGCAAUUUGCAUCAAUCAGCAGGAUAGCUUGGAGCGAAAUCAUCAGGUGACACUCAUGGCUAGACUGUAUCGUCAAGCGGAGAAAGUACAUAUCUGGAUGGGUCCCGAGAUGAAGUACACCGCGGCUUUGUUCGACAAGCUGGAAGAUUGCGGCGGAGAUGUGCUGCGGCCAGGUUGGAGCAUAAUGAAUGCAAUUCAUCUCACAGACGUCGAGAGCGGCAGCCUUCACGGCUUAUUGCAUCUGCUAGCCAGCCCGUGGUGGUCAAGACUUUGGGUUGUCCAAGAGGCUGAGCUGGCUCAAAAUCCUCGUGUGCAUUGCGGCAGCCAAGAAUUCGAAUUUCGUCGUCUGGCUGAAGUGCUGGUGAAUCUGGCCACUAUGAUUUCCAACGAGCUGGAUGAAAAGUCGCCAGUUUAUCAAGCAAUUACCAAGUCUAAACUUUCACAGAUACAGCAACUGUUCUUCUUCUUGGAUUAUUCUCGCGACAAUGCAAUCAACCCAGCGAAGCUGCUGGCCAACACAGCUCAUUGUGAAUCCACCGUGCCCCAUGAUCGUAUUUACGCUUUGCUCGGUUUACUUCCCAAUACCUUGGACAUUACUCCGAGAUACGAACAUAGCAUCGAACACGUCUUCGAGGAGGCAGCUUUCAAGAUUUCAAAACUGGCAGGCAAUCUCGAACUUCUACAAAUCACAGCUCUGGUUGACAACAGAAAGUUGAAACUACCAUCUUGGGUCCCAGAAUUCGGCAAUACAAUUGAUGGACUGCAUUUUUAUGCAGCAAGUCCAUGCUUUAAGGCAGACUUAAGAGCCACCUGCCUCAUCAUCCAAGAUCAUCCCCGUGAGCUGAAAGUUCGAGGCAUGAUUUUCGACCAUAUUCUGGGUUUUACGAGACCUCUCAAUCAUGGCCUGCCUGAUCCAAGCCUUAUGGAUGAUAUUCGUAAAAAUCUGAAAUCUUGCCACGACUUUGUUCAAGCUACACUUCCUUCAGGUACCAUAAACGAUCUCGACUUUUGCCGAACCAUCACGACGGAGAGAUUGAUAGGCUCUGGGUCCGGUACCCAGCGGUGGGCCGAAAACGAACGAUAUGUCGGCAUAGCCGCACAAUGGACACAUUUCUUGACGGACGAUCAAUAUGUCCUGGAAGAAAGCGUGAAGACUCUCUUCAAACACUCCGUCUGGGCUAUGCAUGCUGAAUCCAGGCUUUUCGUCACAACAGGCAAUCGUAUUGGACUUGCCGAUAGAGCACCAAUGGAAGAGGGGGAUGUAUUAGCUAUCUUGGCCGGAUCUGACGAUCCUGCUAUUCUGCGUCCUGCUCCGGAGCGAGGCAUUGGAGCUUUCACGUUUGUGCAGAACUGCUACUGUCAUGGUGUAAUGGAUGGUGAGGCUGUUGUCGAGGCAUUCAAAAAUCAGAGUGGUUCGGACCCUGUUUUCGGCGAAAAGAUGCAUGAGGCCGCGCUUGCAAACAAAAGCAUGCACACAAGGUACAAGUUCCGAGAUGCCCAACCGAAAGACUUUCAGGUCAAGUUACGGGAAGCUAUUGAUCCCUUGUUUGAAGAGAUAGUACUUGUCUAAUUUGAAAUACUCAUAUUCUUUCACUUCAAGGCUGAAUCAGCGUCUUUGACUCCUCAUGCCCCUUGGGUUGUAUAGUCCCUAUAACAACUUAUCAUUCCGAAUGCGGACACAUACACCUUCCUUGUUUGCUCUUUCAGCUGCAGUGUUCCCCGAGCUUGAGACCAUUCGAAUACCUUAGCUUCCUUUAUAAACUUCAGACAAUUUCAUUCUUCGAUCAGCAAAAGGGUAUCUAGCAAUGGCAUCUCCGGCGCCGGGUAUGGCGGCGAAGCAAUCCGGGG